AUGCUGGACAGGUACUGUUUUGCUGAUAUUCAGGGCCCUUCAUUUUCACCUUUUACAAAGACUUCAACAUCUACUAUAGUGCUGCUUGCCACAACAUGGCUUCAAACUUCUUCCUUCAAGAAAUCAACAGAUGACCUGGGGCAGGAUGAGGGAAAUGAGCACAGAGAGGACCUAUUAGAUGGAGAUAAGGAAAAGGUAAAAGUGAACAAGCAAGCAGCAAACAAGAAGAACCCUACCAUUGAGAAGUCUUGGGAGGAAGUCAUGAAGAAGAUGGAUACACUUGAUGAUGACUUGGUGCAGGGAUAUAAAGAAGAUAUUGAUACACUCUUGGUUUUUGCUGGGUUGUUUUCUGCAGUUGUUACAGCUUUUACAAUUGAAUCAUACAAAUGGUUACAAGAAGAUCCAGCAGAGAGCACAUCCACCCUCCUCAAUUCUACUAUCAUACUUCUUACACAGAUUGUUCAGAAAAAUGGCAUCAAUCAGUCUCUGCUCCCAUCUCCACCCUCAACUUUUGCUCCUACUUCUUCAGUCAUACGGAUCAAUACAUUUUGGUUCCUCAGCCUGACACUUGCUCUAGUUGAUGCCUUGUUUGGGCUCCUUUGCAAGCAGUGGCUUCGAGAACAUCAGCGACAAACAAACACACGUACACCAGUCCAGGCAUUAGCACUCCGUUGGCUGCGUCACAGAAGCUUUGAGGCAUGGCAUGUUCCAACCAUUCUUGCAUCUCUUCCAAUGUUACUUGAAAUUUCACUCUUUCUUUUCUUUGCUGGAUUAUUAGAGUUGUUGUGGACUCGUCAUCCUGCCCUGUUUGCACUCAAUCUCACUGUUGUUGGACUGGCUACCUCAUUUUACCUCACCACCACUAUACUCCCUGGCUUCAGUAUAAUCCAACAAGUUCUUCAUACUCAUCCCAUGGGUCCUUGGAUGCCAGAAUUACAUCCAAGGAACAUACCCUCCCUACCAGCAAUUGACUUGAUUUGUCCCUACAAAUCCCCCCAAUCAUGGCUUGCAUUUCGCCUCAUUUCGUCAAUAUUUCAUCUUGCACACUACAAAAUUUUCCUGCACUCUUUCAUCAUCAUUUUCAUUCCCUCUUGGAAAGGCCAUUCAUCCCAAUUCAACAAACUGCUAUUAAGGAAUAUGUUGGACCUUUCUGCAUGGCCAUCACUCGAUCUCAAUACCAUACAACGCUUCUCGAUCAUUGACAAAUGUCCUGAUCUGUACGGGUUGAAAGGGCUAUGA